AACAACCCAGUCCCCAUGCACUGCUACAAAGGGGCCAGGGAGAAGCUGGACAAGGCACACGAUUACACUAGCACUCUUGCUCCGGCUUCAGCUCGCUCUCAUCGACGCAGCCACCUGCGGUGCAACAACAGUGUUGGAUUUUCUACUGUGGCAUCGCCGCUUCUUUGCAUCAUGAAGAGUGCCGCUGCUGCUGGCUUGACCGGGGCUUGCCUGCUGGUGACAUGGGUUCUGCUCUGCUGCCUCAGUUUCCCUGGGACUGUGUCUGCGCAAACCUGCCCUCCUGUCAACCCCAAUUGCUUGACCUGUGCAGUUUCUUACAAUUACAACCUAGGCACAACCGACUGGGGCAACCUUCCAUGCUCCCAGACGUGCGGGACUGGACUACUUCAAUCGCCAAUUAACAUCGUUCCAAACAACCUCAUCCCCAGGAUCAACGGCGAUUUGACCAGGUCAUACACCCAAGCGAUUGUCACAGCUGAGAUAUUCACCGACGGGAAAACCCCAACGGUGGAAAUAGUAUCCCCGUUAAAUGCUGGUACAAUCACAGUCGGUGGCAUCACUUACUUCCUCCGCCACUUCCACUUCCACAUUCCGAGCGAACACACGGUUUUUGGCAUCAGGCAAGAGAUGGAGCUCCACCUAGUGCACACAUCCAUUAAUGUAACUCCACAACGCACGACAGUAAUUGCUGUGCGCUUCACCUUGGAAGAGGCUGAUGACACCAAUAGCUUCCUGGCUCAGUUCUUCCCCCAGUUGCCACCAGUUACUCAACCAGUGACAACCAGGACAACCAUCAGAAUUCAGCUGCCUUUCAAGGAAAUCAAGGGUGCCUACUACCGCUACAACGGCUCUCUCACCACCCCUCCCUGCACAGAGGGCGUUAACUGGGCAGUCAUCGCAAAGCUUGCGACAUUCUCACCUGCGCAAUUCAACCAACUGCGAGCAGCCAUUCCGGUUGACAAUGCUCGCCCACUGCAAAAUGUGAAUGGGCGACCCGUGACCUUCUUCGCCUUGUAAACACAGAAGCCGAUCUGCAUGAGUUUCAGUCAUGCAUAGGAACAAUACUCACCAUAGUGAACUGGAUAAAAACGUCGAUCGAACGUGUGAUAUUUCUGAAUAAAUUGUAACCCUUGGGUAAUUUGAGGUGUUUGUGGUGACUCCGAACACCUGACACGAUUUAAUAUAUGGUCGGAUUUUUCCCUUUCAUGA